CCCCCUCGGCCCCCCGAGCGUUGGGAGCGGGAGCGGAGUUGGAGCGGCUGCGGCGCCGAGCGGAGCCGAGCCGAGCCGAGCCGAGCCGAGCGGAGCGUCUGUCGGCGGGUCCCGGUUGGAGGUCAGCCGAGCCAUGUCGUCGUCCGAGGCCCCGACGCCCUCCGAGGCUCCCACGACCCCUCCGCCCCCCACCUGUCCGGCUUCCCUCCACCUGCCGGAAGCCCACCGCGGCAGGGAGCGGUCCCCGUCCCCGUUGCGAGGCUACCUCAUCCCCAGCCCCCUGCCCACCAGGCGCACCAGGACCUUCUCAGCCACCGUGCGAGCAUCCGAGGGUCCUGUCUACAAAGGGGUCUGCAAGUGCUUCUGCCGCUCCAAGGGCCACGGCUUCAUCACGCCCGCCGACGGAGGCCCAGACAUCUUCCUUCACAUCUCUGACGUGGAAGGGGAGUACGUCCCGGUGGAGGGAGACGAAGUGACCUAUAAGAUGUGCUCCAUUCCCCCGAAGAACGAGAAGCUGCAGGCGGUGGAGGUAGUCAUCACCCACCUGGUACCUGGGACCAAGCACGAGACCUGGUCCGGCCGGGUCAUCAGCUCCUAGGAGCCCUGGCCCCGGGCCCAGCACCCUGGAGGACAUGGGGGGAGGGAGAAAGGGAGGGUGGGGAGGGGGGUGGGGGGCCUCGGCGUGGUCCAUGACACAUGCUGAGGGUCCUGCAGCGGAGGGAGCAGGGAAGGGGAAAUCCGGGCCCCCCGUCAGGGCGGGGAGCCCCGCCUCUGGGCCGCGAGGACCGACUCCCGCCGCCCGACUCUGGAACUCGGCGGGUGCCCUCGCCGAUGACAGUGCCGAUGGGCUCAUCGCGUCAAUGAAGAAUAUCCCUCGCCUCUAGGGGAACGCUCUCAUGUCCCUGGGUCAGCGUGCGACACCUGGCCGUCUGCCUCCUCAAACUUUUUCUUGGGCUCCGGCACUCUUAGGCUCCCCACCCCUCCUCCGCCUGCUCUUUACCGGUUGCUGGAAGGGCGACUACUAGCCAGAGACUGGUGGGCCCCAGCCAGGCAGGCAAGGCAAGUUGAAGGCUGGGAAAUAAACAUCUGUGAAAUUCUA